CCUUCUCGUCAACAUACGCCGUAGUCUUGGCCCUUUCUCGCCACGUCCUUGUUCCUUUUUUUCUUUUGUUGCAAAAGUAUUGAUGAUUGUGGAAGGAAAUGAAAUGAGAUUCUGGCCGAUUUAUAUCUGCCCGCUGUAGGAGCGACCAAACUACAAAACAGCGAGGCAGAAGUGAUACCUUCGCUCCGUUUGCAUAAUUGAGAACAGGAUAAUCGUGUGCAAAGUUGAAUCACCGACUAGUGGAAACAGUGCCAAGUGAAAUUUAGUAUUGGUGCGUGUGCGGUCUGCUGGUGCCAUGCAGGGUUCUUCUCCUCCAAUAAUGGGAUAUCCCGAAGAUGACGAUCAAUACAGGGUUCCGCUGAUCGCCAAACUGUUACAUGCACUACCUCAUUACAACAUUACUUUCCACCGGAUUAAUAACACCUUUCGCCCUUCGAAUGAUGUUUACUUAGAGAGUUUGGGAAUACUAGGAUCGAUACCGGCCGCGUUGUUAAUCGUAUCACUGUUCGGGCUUUUGCUGUAUCUGCUAACACGAUGUUGCGACCGUAAACCACGGCCGGCGCAUUCGAUCACCAGUCUUAAAGUCACACUCUCGAUAGUGACUGUUCUGUGCUGUGCGGCCAUAGGCCUCGGAUUGUAUGGCAAUGAUGAUCUACACAACGGAUUGCUGGAAGUUCUGCAGGCCGGUCGAAAAGUGGACAAUGUCGUAUCAUCCGUUCGUAACCAAACAUUUAUCCUGGAAAACACGUUGACUAUGAAAAUACAGCAGCAGCUUACCGAGCUGGAAGACAUCUUUGAUGGGAAAGCUAAUAACCAAACCGCUUUGGCACAACUCCAAAUGGCGCUGGCAAUCACCAAGGGAAAUGUUACGGUUGCAAAAAAUGCAGCUAAUGACAUUCGUCGGCCGCUGGUUGGGUUGACUAUUACGGAUUUCCUAUCGAAAGGAGACCAAUGGGAGCUUAUUCGAUGGCCCGGUACAGUUGCAAUUUUAGCCCUCCUUUUGGUUCUGUGUGCCGUAUUGUUGGUCGGCGUGGCACGUCACUCGCGUUGUGCAUUGAUUCUGUUUAGCGUUUGUGGUCUGCUUGCAGUAACAGGAUCAUGGCUCAUGUCAGGCCUCUAUCUAUCAACGUCGGUUGCCGUGGGAGAUUUAUGCAACGACCCGGCAGACUUUCUUGUACACCAGGCACCCAACGAGCUGCCCUCUGAUAUCCUUUUAUAUUACACACAGUGCGACGUGGCGCGUUCUAAUCCAUUUACACAACGACUUCGAGAGUCACAAAAUGCGAUUAACAACGCACGCAAUGCUAUGGGUGUUGUCUCGAAGAUCUCCCCAGUAUUGUUCAAAAACGCUGGUCUCGGGCCAAAACUAGGGUCAGUCAACGCUGACAUUAAACUGUGUGAACGAAUUCUUACUGGACUAACGGCACUGGUGGAUUGUAAGGCAGUUCACUACAGUUAUCUGAAUGCAACGCGAGGCCUCUGCGAAGGUGGACUACUCGGACUCGUACUUAUGCUUAUUGCUAGCUUUAUGGCCGCAAUCUUACUGACUGUGAUGGUUUGGGUUGAUUCACAUACAUGGAUCUACAUCAGGAAAAGAAAUGAUUAUGCCCAAGUUGAAGAGCAAUCGUACGUGUCAGCCCAUCAACUUCAUCCACAAAAUCAGCAGAAUACUACUACGCGAACACUGCCGCAUCAUCACAAGGGUCCUCCUGUAAUUAGUGGCUCACAUACCCUGGCACAUCCAGCGCGUAAUCCUAAACAUGAAUUAACGCCACAACAACAGGCUCAUAUGCAGCAUCACCAUCAAGCUAUGAUGCGGCCAGGAGGAACUCAUACCCUUGGGCGACUGCCUUCCCACAACAACAGUCCAACUCACAUGCACGGUCCCAAUAAUGGCAAAUACGCGACACUGAGCAAGCACUGCAAGACGCUAGAUGCAAACGACUUUUACUGAAGUUACGCCGCCUGUAACGAUAAAAAAUACCAUCCGCCAAACAUACAACAUUAUCACACGCUAAGUCAUCAGCAACAACAACAGCUGAUACAAAUGCAACUGCAGCAUCAACAACAGCUACAACAACAGUUGCCACCACAACAACAUCCAAAUAU